GAUAGUAAAAGGAGAAAGAAGAGUAAGGGGAGACACCAGCCCGCCGCCUAAGAAGCAACAAGAUGCAAGUAGACUGGAAUAGCUAUUCACAGUCAGACAGAACCACUUACACGUUUUGCAGUAUCUCCUGAGGAAGUCAGAGUCUGAGCCAGCAUGAAGAUUGAAUCUUGUCUUUGGUCUGAUUUUCCUUUAUUGUAACCAUGUGCAAGGUGGAGGUUAUAGCAUGGAAACUAAAAUCUUACUUCCUGCCUGACAUAACUCACUUCAAGAAGUACACAAUGUCAGAACAUGGGAUUAAGUGGGCCUGUGAAUAUUGUACGUAUGAAAAUUGGCCGUCUGCAAUCAAGUGUACUAUGUGUCGUGCCCAGAGACCCAGUGGAACAAUUAUUACAGAAGAUCCAUUUAAAAGUGGUUCAAGUGAUGUUGGUAGAGAUUGGGAUCCUUCCAGUACUGAAGGUGGAAGUAGUCCUUUGAUUUGUCCAGACUCUAGUGCAAGACCAAGGGUUAAGUCUUCAUACAGCAUGGAAAAUGCAAAUAAAUGGUCAUGCCACAUGUGCACAUAUUUGAACUGGCCAAGAGCAAUCAGAUGUACCCAGUGCUUAUCCCAACGUAGGACCAGGAGUCCCACAGAAUCUCCUCAAUCCUCAGGAUCUGGUUCAAGACCAGUUGCUUUUUCUGUUGAUCCCUGUGAAGAGUACAAUGAUAGAAAUAAACUGAAUACAAGGACCCAGCAUUGGACUUGUUCUGUUUGCACAUAUGAAAACUGGGCUAAGGCUAAAAAAUGUGUUGUUUGUGAUCAUCCCAGACCUAAUAACAUUGAAGCAAUAGAGUUGGCAGAGACUGAAGAGGCUUCUUCAAUAAUAAAUGAACAAGACAGAGCUCGAUGGAGGGGGAGCUGCAGUAGUGGUAAUAGCCAAAGAAGAUCGCCUCCAACUACGAAACGGGACUCUGAAGUGAAAAUGGAUUUUCAGAGAAUUGAAUUGGCUGGUGCUGUUGGUAGCAAGGAGGAACUUGAAGUGGACUUUAAAAAACUAAAGCAGAUUAAAAAUAGGAUGAAAAAGACUGAUUGGCUAUUCCUCAAUGCCUGUGUGGGGGUUGUGGAAGGUGAUUUAGCAGCCAUAGAAGCAUACAAGUCAUCAGGAGGAGACAUUGCACGCCAGCUCACUGCAGAUGAAGUACGCUUGCUGAACCGACCUUCUGCUUUUGAUGUUGGCUACACUCUGGUACACCUGGCCAUACGCUUUCAGAGGCAGGACAUGCUAGCAAUACUGCUUACAGAGGUGUCUCAACAAGCAGCAAAGUGUAUUCCAGCAAUGGUGUGUCCUGAACUGACAGAACAAAUCCGGAGAGAAAUAGCUGCUUCUCUUCACCAGAGAAAGGGAGAUUUUGCUUGCUAUUUUCUGACUGACCUUGUAACAUUUACAUUGCCAGCAGAUAUUGAAGAUUUGCCUCCAACAGUACAAGAAAAAUUAUUUGAUGAGGUGCUUGAUAGAGAUGUUCAAAAGGAGCUAGAGGAAGAAUCUCCAAUUAUAAACUGGUCCUUGGAGUUGGCUACACGUUUGGACAGUCGACUGUAUGCACUUUGGAACCGGACUGCCGGAGAUUGUUUACUUGACUCAGUACUACAAGCUACCUGGGGCAUUUAUGACAAAGACUCGGUGCUUCGGAAAGCCCUGCAUGACAGCCUGCAUGACUGUUCACAUUGGUUUUACACACGCUGGAAAGACUGGGAAUCGUGGUAUUCCCAGAGCUUCGGUUUACAUUUUUCACUGAGGGAGGAACAAUGGCAAGAAGACUGGGCAUUUAUACUCUCUCUGGCUAGUCAGCCUGGAGCAAGUUUGGAACAGACACACAUUUUUGUACUCGCGCAUAUUCUUAGACGACCAAUUAUAGUGUACGGAGCAAAAUAUUAUAAGAGUUUCCGGGGAGAAACUUUAGGAUAUACUCGGUUUCAAGGAGUUUAUCUGCCUUUGUUAUGGGAACAGAGUUUUUGUUGGAAAAGUCCAAUUGCUCUGGGCUAUACAAGGGGCCACUUCUCUGCUUUGGUUGCCAUGGAGAAUGAUGGGUAUGGCAACCGAGGUGCUGGUGCUAAUCUGAACACUGAUGAUGAUGUCACCAUCACAUUUUUGCCUCUGGUUGACAGUGAAAGGAAGCUCCUCCAUGUGCACUUCCUUUCUGCUCAGGAGCUAGGUAAUGAGGAGCAGCAAGAGAGACUGCUGCGAGAGUCGCUGGACUGCUGUGUGACCGAAGGGGGGGUUCUGGUGGCUAUGCAGAAAAGCUCUCGAAGGAGAAACCACCCCUUGGUCAUGCAAGUGGUAGAAAAAUGGCUUGACCGCUACAAUGCCUUGUACAUCCCUGUCUGAUGGAGAGGAGGAUGAGGAGGAUGAGGAUGAAUGAACACAAACACAUACACCUAAGGAGCAAAAGACCAAGGCAUCAGAACUGAGAUGACCCACAAAUUAGUGUGGCAUUCUAAGCAGAAUAUACAGCAUGGAGUGAGCCAAACCCUGCAGGAUCUGCUCCCAAGUAUCUAUCUUUCUGCUCCACACCCCCUGGAGAUAACGAGUGCAUCUGCAUGAGGAGACGGAGAGCUUUGGUUGAACUACAGUUUGUAAAAAAGACCCUAAUUUUAUUGACAGAACUUUUUUCUUUUCAACUGUAAAUCUGUCUCUGAAUGUAACGCAUGUGGUUGUGUAAGAAGUCGUGUACUAGGAAAAGUGCACCAGCAUCUUCAUGUUACUGAGAACAUUUCCCCAGCAUGGGCACUCGUAAAAAGCACACGGCCGGUAACUUUGUUGAGACACUCUCAUUAGAACCUGACAUCCUGCUCCCACCCUACGAGACCCAUUUCCAUUGUUUCAGAGAUUUGGAAACUUUGUACAAAUUAUCCACGGCAAGAUGAAAAUAAACAAGCCUUUAUUUUAUUAAUAAUUUACUUCCUGUUGUGCCCAAUAAAAUAAAAAUGAAAUCCUUAGGAACAAACUGCAAGAAAAA